UCCUCCUCCUCCUUCUCCUUCUUCUUCCCAUCCCAACCUCUCUCUCUCUCUCUCAGAGACAUCCAUUGAUCCGUGGUCGCUCACUUCGGCACGUUCCGAGGGUUUUCAGGCGCCGUCGCGUUCGAAAUGGAGGCCACAUUGCCAAUGUGCGGCAAAUCCGUCGCCUCCACUCCGGGUCUGAUUUUCAGAAGAACAGACAUUAUCCAGAGUUCUCGAUGUAGCUUUCUUGUCGGAAGUAGGGUGAACUUCCCUAAGCAAAGAUGUCACGCUGUUAAAGUUGGUCAUGCUUCUAAGAGGCGUGGGGGAGCUCUUAAUGCUACUUGCCGUGCUGAUAAGAUCUUGGUAGCAAAUAGAGGUGAAAUUGCGGUCCGCGUUAUUCGAACUGCUCAUGAGAUGGGUAUUCCCUGUGUGGCCGUUUACUCAACUAUCGACAAGGAUGCGCUUCACGUGAAAUUAGCUGACGAAUCAGUUUGUAUCGGCGAAGCACCAAGUAGCCAAUCGUACUUAGUGAUCCCGAAUGUUCUAUCAGCUGCCAUCAGCCGUGGCUGCACUAUGCUUCAUCCUGGAUAUGGUUUCCUUUCUGAAAAUGCAGUAUUUGUUGAAAUGUGCAGAGAGCACGGCAUUAACUUUAUAGGACCUAAUCCUGAGAGCAUCCGAGUGAUGGGUGAUAAAUCAACCGCUAGAGACACAAUGAAAAAUGCUGGUGUUCCCACCGUUCCGGGAAGUGAUGGGUUGUUGCAGAGCACGGAGGAAGCAGUCAGGCUUGCUCAUGAGAUUGGUUAUCCCGUGAUGAUUAAGGCAACAGCAGGUGGUGGAGGACGAGGAAUGCGUCUUGCUAAAGAGCCUGAUGAGUUUGUGAAGUUGUUACAGCAAGCUAAGAGUGAGGCUGGGGCUGCAUUUGGCAAUGAUGGAGUUUAUCUGGAAAAGUAUAUUCAGAAUCCAAGGCACAUUGAGUUCCAGGUUCUUGCUGAUAAAUAUGGCAAUGUUGUUCACUUCGGGGAGCGUGAUUGCAGCAUCCAGAGGCGGAAUCAAAAACUUUUGGAAGAAGCACCUUCCCCAGCAUUGAGCCCAGAGUUGCGAAAAGCCAUGGGUGAUGCAGCUGUUGCGGCAGCAGCAUCUAUAGGGUACAUUGGUGUUGGGACAGUCGAGUUCCUUUUGGAUGAAAGAGGAUCCUUCUUCUUCAUGGAAAUGAACACUAGAAUCCAGGUUGAGCAUCCAGUAACAGAAAUGAUUUCUUCUGUCGACCUGAUUGAAGAGCAAAUUCGCGUGGCAAUGGGAGAGAAGCUCCGCUACAAACAGGAAGAUAUUGUUCUCAGGGGACAUUCAAUAGAAUGCCGUAUCAAUGCUGAGGAUGCAUUUAAAAAUUUCCGGCCUGGACCAGGGAGAAUAACAGCAUACUUGCCUUCUGGAGGUCCUUUUGUUCGAAUGGAUAGCCACUUAUAUCCAGAUUAUGUGGUUCCUCCAAGCUACGAUUCCCUGCUAGGGAAGCUUAUAGUAUGGGGUCCUACAAGGGAAAAAGCAAUUGAGCGUAUGAAGAGGGCCCUUGAUGACACUAUCAUAACAGGGGUUCCCACAACCAUUGAGUACCACAAACUUAUCCUUGACAUCGAGGAUUUCAAAAACGGCAAGGUGGAUACUGCCUUUAUUCCUAAGCAUGAGGAAGAGCUAAAGGAGCCUCAGAAAAUGGUGUUGGCAGCACCCGCAAAGGAAUUAACUGGUGCUACAGUCUAGAUGAAUCCUGUUACUCAGAAAUCACUAUCAUCCACAAUGUUCAUAGCUGGACCGAAGUAUUUCGUCCUCAAACGGGGAGCUGAAAAUCAUCAAUUUUCACCGGCACAGCGGGUUUAUCUGCUUUUGUUGGAAUAAGUACGAGAGUUGUUGGAUGAGUUAUAGAUCUUUGUUCCGUCGAGUGGAAGUCCGUCCGUCCGAUAGCAUGUGAACUCGUUAAUAUUACUGAAGCUAUCUAUGCGGCUGUUUCUUUUUUUGUUCUGAACUUAAAUUAAAUGUACUCUUAUAUUUACAUUUUUCCCCAGUUAUAUUUUAGAUUUGCCUAGUUGGUUUCGCCA